GAUCCACACCGACUAUAUUUAUAUUCUCAUUUUUCUCCCCGAAAAAAAAAAAAACCCAAACCGUCAUGGGUUCACUCGAUGCACCAAUCAGUGCGGAAAACGGCACCGUUCCGGCCGCCGGCCACGGCAAAUCUCCGUUAACCGAUGGAGGCAUUCGCCCCCUUCCGUCAGAUUCGGUACCGGAGUACGAAGCAUCUAAGCGGCGGAGAUCGUCUGUGCUUCCCCUGGAAGUUGGGACGCGCGUGAUGUGCCGUUGGAGAGAUGGGAAGUAUCAUCCUGUCAAAGUCAUCGAACGUCGCAGAGUUCAUGGCUGUGGACCCAACGAUUAUGAGUAUUACGUUCAUUAUACUGAGUUCAAUAGGAGGCUUGAUGAGUGGGUGAAGCUUGACCAGCUCGAUCUUGAUUCUGUGGAGGCAGUUGUUGAUGAGAAAGUGGAGGAUAAGGGGGCAUCAGGUUUGAAGAUGACACGCCACCAAAAGAGGAAGAUUGAUGAGACACAUGUUGAGGGCCAUGAGGAGCUUGAUGCUGCUAGUUUGCGAGAACAUGAGGAGUUUACAAAAGUGAAAAAUAUAGCUACUAUUGAACUUGGAAGAUAUGAGAUCGAGACAUGGUACUUCUCCCCAUUCCCAUCAGAAUACAAUGACUGUUUGAAGCUGUUCUUUUGUGAGUUUUGCCUCAAUUUCAUGAAGCGCAAAGAGCAGCUUCAGAGGCAUAUGAAAAAAUGUGAUCUUAAGCAUCCCCCUGGUGAUGAGAUAUACAGAAGUGGUACACUGUCAAUGUUUGAGGUUGAUGGCAAGAAGAACAAGGUUUAUGGGCAGAAUCUUUGUUAUUUGGCCAAGUUAUUCCUUGAUCACAAGACCCUCUAUUAUGAUGUUGACCUGUUUCUGUUCUAUGUUUUGUGUGAAUGUGAUGAACGAGGAUGCCACAUGGUCGGAUAUUUUUCCAAGGAAAAACAUUCUGAGGAGUCUUACAAUCUGGCAUGUAUCCUCACCCUUCCACCUUACCAAAGGAAAGGUUAUGGAAAAUUUCUAAUUGCCUUCUCAUAUGAACUUUCGAAGAAGGAAGGAAAAGUUGGCACUCCUGAAAGACCCCUUUCAGAUCUUGGACUGCUAAGCUACAGAGGAUAUUGGACCAGGGUUCUUUUAGACAUUCUGAAAAAACAUAAGGGAAACAUUUCCAUCAAGGAGCUGAGUGAUAUGACUGCAAUCAAAGCUGAAGAUAUAUUGGCAACUCUUCAGAGCUUGGAACUGAUUCAGUACAGGAAAGGGCAGCAUGUCAUUUGUGCGGAUCCAAAAGUUUUGGAUCGCCAUCUCAAAGCGGCUGGCAGAGGGGGUCUCGAUGUUGAUGUUAGCAAGUUGAUUUGGACACCUUACAAAGAACAGAGUUGAUCCAUCAAAGAAGAGCUACUACGAUGUAACUUUUGCUUGUGUAUAGAGUGUAGACUAUAGGUUUAUUAGUCAGUAACAUUGCCCCUUUGAUGUAUGUGUAUUAACUAUUAACAACUUAGAUUAGAUGACAAUAGGAAAACUACUUACCUGAUUGAUUUAUAUGCUUAGUAUUUGGUGUCUGUAUUACUUCAUAUAUGUAUUCUACUAUUUGGCAGUUGGAAUGUUUUUGUACAUCGUGGUAUUUUAUUUUUUUUACAUA